AUGGUAGCAGUGAUUUUAAAUGCAGACAGUUUCAGUAUGGGCAACACACUGAGAGCAAUCAUUGCCUUCAUCCCUUCUGAUGACUGCCAGAAAUACCUCCUGGGAGACCUUGAAGAGAUGCCAAUUGAUAGAAUGGUGGAUCUGAGCAGCAGGCAGCUGAGGAGAUUUCCCUUGCAUGUUUGUUCUUUCAGGGAGCUCGUCAAGCUGUACCUGAGUGACAAUAACCUGCACCAGCUGCCCCCAGAGCUAGAACAGCUGCAGAACCUCCAGAUCUUGGCGUUAGAUUUCAACAACUUCAAAGCGCUGCCCCUGGUGGUGUGCACCCUGAAGCAGCUGUGCAUCCUCUACCUGGGCAACAACAAGCUCUGCGACCUGCCCCAGGAGCUCAGUCUCCUGCAGAAUCUCAAAACCUUGUGGGUUGAGUCCAACUGCCUGAGCCACCUGCCCGAGGUGGUGUGUGAGCUGAGCCUCCUCAAGACCCUGCACGCCGGCUCCAACGCGCUGCACACGCUGCCCGCCGGGCUGCGGUGCCUGCAGGAGCUGCGCACCAUCUGGCUCUCCGGCAACCUGCUGGCUGACUUCCCACCGGUGCUGCUGCACAUGCCAUUCCUGGAGGUGAUUGACGUGGAUCGCAACGCCAUCAGGUCCUUCCCCAGCCUGGCUCACCUUCCCGGCCUCAAGCUGGUGAUCUACGACCACAACCCCUGCAGGAAUGCGCCCAAGGUGGCCAAGGGGGUGCGCAGAGUGGGGAGGUGGGCAGAGGAGACCCCCGAGCCCAGGAAGCGCUCCGAGCUGGGCAGGGAGGAGGAGACUGACAGCAAGGAACCGCCACUUCCCCCUGACAAGCAGCCCCAGCCCUGCUAA